AUGGAUGACUAUGGAGAUGAAGCAAAGAGUACAACCUGCCCGCGUGGACAUUGGAGGCCGGCCGAGGAUGAAAAACUCCGGCAACUUGUUGAGCAGUACGGUGCGCAGAACUGGAACUCCAUAGCUGAGAAGCUUCAAGGAAGAUCAGGGAAGAGUUGUAGGUUGAGGUGGUUUAAUCAACUAGAUCCGAGAAUCAACCGAAGGCCGUUUAGUGAGGAAGAAGAAGAGAGGCUGCUAGCAGCACAUCGCAUUCAUGGAAACAAGUGGGCACUGAUUGCAAGACUGUUUCCAGGCCGUACUGAUAAUGCUGUGAAGAAUCAUUGGCACGUUAUAAUGGCAAGAAGACAAAGAGAGCAGUCCAAAGUUUGUGGGAAGAGAAGCUACCAAGAUUUCUGUAAUGAUCACUCAUCAAACACCUCCUCAAUUUCCAACAAUUUUGAUGUAAGCAGGAAAUUUAAAUCUCAAGGGGAAUUGAGAUCUUCAUCAUCAAUUGGGUUUGAUCAGAAUAGUAGCACUAAGUUCUUCGAAUUCCGAAACCCAAAUAAAGAUAGGACAACAAUGUUCAUGGACUCCAGGCAUGCUAGUUCUUCCCCUUACAAUUGGAACUUUGCUACAAUGUCAACAACCUCAAACAACGCCGCAUCAUCUUCAGUUGGUUUAUUGGGAAGGGAAAGAAGAGAUUACUUCAACAAUGUUAGUUCUAACAACAACAUUUCCGGGUGCUCGAAAGGUUCGGAUCAUCAAUUCGUUCACCGAAGAAAUAACCCGACUACUUCUUCAUUCAUGUAUGGCAGCUACAUAGGUUCCACUAGUGCAUUUGGGCUUCCAAAUUACAAGAGGGUUAAUGUUCCAAGUCCUUUUGGGUGCCUGGGUCUUGGUGAUCACAUUAAUCGUCCUGAGCAACAUGGAAGGACAUUCAAGAAAGAGUUGGCUAAUUUUUGUGACAAUGCAUCAACAUUGGCAAAAUGGAGGGUUGCAGCCACAGCUAAAUUUGGCGACCAUGAUUGCCAAGAUCACGAAUCGAUCGAUCAUCACAAGGAAACUCCCUUCAUUGAUUUUCUUGGUGUGGGGAUCUCUUCUUAA